CUUCCAGUAGCCUUUACGGGAUCUUGUUUUUAUGACGUCACAGUUACGUCAGCAUUAGCUCCGCCCUCUGCCGUUGCCCACUUGCCCCGCGUCCCGCGGUGUGUCAGUCGGUCUUGGGAAGGGAGGUGUGCACGACGUCUCGUUGGCGAGGCGGAUUGUGACGGAGCAAAUAGCGGUUGACAAGCUCACUAGUACUCGCCUCGAAAUCAGAUACAAGUGCAGAAUUUUUUACUACUGUCACGGUGAUUAGUGUGGAAACCGUGGAUGAGCGCAGGAGAGGGUUGUAGCCAUCCCGAAGUGUAUUUGUGCUUCUCUGACUACUACGCUCAGGUUGGUAUGCAUCUGAUGAGGCUGUGUAGGGAGGUGCGACUAGGUGGCUACCUGUGACUCGCGACGUUUGUUCAUGGAUCAGGUUUAACUACAGUUGUAGCAUUUACUGCCGAAAUAACGUCACGGGAUCACCACACGGGGAGUGACUCCUGUAGCUGCACUUGUGUACAGCUGUGAGCAGCAGUGAAACCAGCAGAAACAGCGACCUCCUUCAAUAGUCAGCAGUACGAUUAUAAAUAGCAGACAAACCAAGAAAGCAGGUGGUGGUGGUGGUUGGCACGUGAUGGCCUCCUUCAUUGCCCAUAGCAGAUUCUGGUAGCUACUCAACGACACAGCGAGAUGCCGGGUAAUUUGCGGUAUGGGGGCCAGAACUCGGCACGCCCGGUCCCCAAACGAGCAAUGUCACUUGAUUCCCUACAUGAUAAAAAUGCAUCUUUGGACCUAAAGGUCCAUGAAUACAUACCUUCCAGAAUCACCCGCACCUCUCCGAAGAUUAAUGAGUCUGCAAUGCAAUUUGUGAAGAUUCAACCAAAUCCUUCUCACCUUUUUCAACGAUCAAAGACAGGGCCAGCUGUUCUCUACAAGUCAGCAACAGAGCAGAUCAAGAAAGCAGAAGCAGUGAAAGCAAUGAGACAACAUUUGAUUGAUGAGGAAGCAGACUGGCAGGCGCAGCCCUCCUCCUCCUCCUCCUCCAAGAACCCGUAUGACGAAGGCUCUGACUGGCAGUCGAACCUAGACAAGUGGAAGAGCUCACGUCGGAAACGGAAUGAAGAAGCUUUGAUACGCGCCAUUGAAAUUAAGAAACACGAACAAGAGGAGGAGUUAAUCCGCAUGCGGCGCAAGAGCAAAACCUUCAGUGAAAUACAGGAGGAUAAGAGCAAAAGAGGACGCAGAUAUAACCUUGUUGUCCACAACGAUGAUAGUAGUGACCUAAGUGGUCUUGGGCUAUCAUCUGCCAAGAGUACAAGUUCCCUCAGCGAUGCACAUGAAGAAAAUGACGUUAAGGAUUUAGAUCAGGAUAACAAAGAUGCCAAAAGUGAUGCUGGCUUUUGUACUGGCUCAGACACUGGCAGUGACGGGGUCUUUGCUGAAGAUAAUAUCAGUGAUACUUCUUCAGCUUUGGGUGACAAAAAAGAAGCACAUGAUUCACUUCUGGAUACUGGAGUGUCAAAGGAAGAGGAUGCUCACCUGAAUGGUCAUGGAUCUAGCCUGAUCACUGAUGUCUUUCACUCCACUGCUGCAACAAUCCACACAGAUGAAUAUACAUAUGACAAGGCUAUUGCUGGCUACAAGCAGUAUGCUGAGAAUAGUGCCAAGAAGAGAACUUCCAGCAUCACAAGCUUAAACAGCAAUACAAGUUAUACCAAGGAUGAUGACAGAAAAGAUGAAAAGAUUUGUGUAAAUGGCCGUUCACCAAGUCCAAACAAAAGUAACAAAGUUGAGGAGAAGCUAAACUUUUUUUCGAAGGAGAUGGAGAAAGACUUCAGAUCAAGUCCUGAGCCUAGGGUUAUAAUGAGAGAGAAGUCACCCAGAGUUGAUGUUGGGAAGAGAAGAUCAAUGUUUGAAACACGAGACCCAUCACCUCAUAGUGAGAAGGAACAGAGAAUUGCUAAUAGAAGAUCUCUUGAUGUGUCAAACUCUUUACGCCACAAAGUUAAAUCCUUUGAAAAUCUCGAAAUUGAGACUCCUAGAGUGCGAGGCAUUACUCCAACCCGUGAUACAAACCUACGCAAUAAAGUGGCAUCAUUCGAGAAUCUGGAUGCAGAGUGCACAAAAGUCCGUACCAUAACUCCAACAAGAGAUGCAAAAUUCUAUGAAAAACGAGCCUCAUUUGCCGCUAAAGAUUAUGAGACACAACCAAUAAGGAAGAAAACCCCAGAAAGAGAUGUUAAUUUCCACAGAAAACUUGCAUCCUUUACUAGCAUUGAGAAUAGGGAAGAGGAUAAAGUACGAGAGAUCAAAACGAUCCCUCAGAGAGACCCAACUUUGAGGACCAAAAUAGCAUCAUUUGAACAGUUAGAGCAGUCGGUGGAUCCACGUUCUUCAAGCCCUCGGGAAGAAAUGCUCAGGAGCAGAGAUCGUUCAGUCAGUCUGGAACACCUAAAUGAGCCACAGGCAAAGGAGGUAAAAAUUCGGCCAGCACGUUCAUUGAUGAACAUCACGAGACGUAUGCCAUCAACUCCGUAUAUGGUGGUGGAUCUUGAGGGUUCUGGGGUGGAGGAGAAAUGUGUAAUGGAAACGAAACCCAUGGUGAGUGAUGAGCCAGAUUCUGCUAGUGCUCGGGAUCCAGCUAAACGCUCUACCAUCUACGAAACUGUUGAGAAGUGCCAAGUGAUUCGAGAUGUUGAGUCUGCUCCUUUGUAUUCUAUAUUCCAGUACCUCAGCCCAGAGGUAAAUGCCCAAGUGUUUGAACUUGCUUCUAAACUUGAGGAGACUCCUCUAUUGGGCUCUCCCAUCCAUAAGGCUCCCACAGAUCUCCCACCUGUUUCCUUAACUCAUGAAGAUGAUUCAUUUGAAGGAGCCAAACCGUACACUGAUGAUGAUAUUAAUGAGGUUAUCAGUGAUUAUGAACAAGUUAGUGGUGCAUAUGAAGAUUCCUCAGGCUGUGCUGAAAAUAUCUAUGAAAAUAUUACUGAAGAGCCAAUGUAUGAGAAUAUCUAUGAGAAGGUUGAUGAUGAAAGUCAUAGUGAAAGCCAAGAUACAGUUGAUGAACAUCAUUAUCAAACCCUAGAGGAAGUCAGGGAGGAGGUGAAAGUCAAUGCUGAACAAGUCAAGGUGCCACCAUCUGUACCGGCAUCGUCCAUCAGUCCUCCUGUUCUUGAUACUCCUGAGGUGCUAGACGUGACGUGGACGGAUGGCCCUUCCCAGGCAGCCCCACCUUCGGAGCCCCCUCCCCCUCCUCCCCCUGAUGACGAUUCUGACAUCGAUGCAUCAGAUGAGCCACAAAGUCUUCCAACUGAGGAGGAGGAUGCCUUCACUCGAGAAAGUUCUACGCGUCGCCUCAAAAAGGAACUGUGGAGGCGGAGAUCAGAUUUUUUGGGCACCUCUUCACAAUACAUCGAAGAAGAAACAGUGAAGCCUCCCCCAGACCUCAGUGAUCUUCUGAGGCAGGAGCGAGAUUCAGAGCGCUGCUUGCUAGAGUCUCAGGUGUCAAGAAAUUCUAUUCAGGAGAUUCUUAGUGAAGCAGAAAUUGUGCGUCGUGAGCGUGAAAUAAUUGAAAGUCUUGAAAGAUCAGAGCAACAAAAGCAACAACAACAUGAGCAGUACAUUUGGGACGAUGGUUUACAAGAAAAUAUAACAAAUGAAACCAAGACUGAAAAUGAUGAGCACAUGCAAUAUCAAGAGGCCAAGAACCUUCAGACAUCUUUUGAAUUGGAUAAAGAAUCUAGGGUUCCUAUGAGAGUUCCCGUGACCUCAACUAACGUCCUUGAGAGCUCCCACUCUGUCUCUAAGACCACAGAUGCGGAGCAUUGGCAGAUGAAUUAUGAUUCCCUCGGCUCCUCUUCUACCGUUCUUAAGUCCACUCUUAACACUGAAAAAACACAUGCUGAACUUCUUGAAAGUCAUAUAGCCAAGUCUGAGACCAUUGCGGAGGCACCACCUCACUCAUCAAUGAGAAGUGAAAGCCAGACAUCAGCUGAAACAGAGGGUCUACUUCCUUCUGAAUCUAGAGAGCAGUAUGAAGGGCACUUGGUGGCCCACAGCAGUACUUUGGACUACAGUGAUGACUCUCUUGUAUCAACAAGUUCACAUCCUGAAGAGUAUAAGAAACUGGCUGAACUCGAAGAAGAAAUGAUGCGCCAUGACAAGGAUAUGCUACGACGUACUGGGCAGCUGACAAAUGGCUCAACAGCUGGUUCAGAUUCCCAGCCAAGUGUUAAUUCUUCACUUUCUUCAUAUGCCACUCAUGGGGAGCAUUCACCAUUUCCUUUACAUCAUUUUCCUCAAAGUACAGAAAAUAGUAAUUACAAUUUCCAACAACAAUCUUCAUCUCAUCUUCCCAUUCAAGAGUUUUACACAGCUCCCACAUAUGAGUCAGCUGCUUCUGCCAGCAUGGUGCAAGGUGAAGGGGUGGGCACCUUUAGACCCCCAUUACAGAAAAGUGUGCCACUCCCAGCUGGAUCUCCUUCACAGUAUAGCACUCUGGCUUCUCCACAUCCCUUUUCUCGAUCAAACUCUCAGUCCAGUCUCGAGUCUUCUAAACAUCCACCUGUACAAGCAAUGAGGUCAGUGCCUUUAGCCUCUCCAAGAGAAUCAAUCCCAGAACCUUUACCAAGAAAGAAGAAAGCACCCCCACCGACUCCUAGCAAAUCUCUUAAAUUAACGAGCGAACUCAACAAUGCUGAACGCCUGGAGGCCAUAAGGGUGAGUCGCAUGCCUACCACUGUCUCUGUGGUAACUGAGAAUGACCAGAUUGAAUCCCAGGGACCAUCAGUUUCACCUUCAGGUCAACAAAUGUCAAAGCAGACACUUCUGGCACUCUCAGCAAUACCCAAGCCUCGGCUCACAGAUAAUGAAAGUUGGAUCACUAAAAAGAAACCAGAUGCACAAAAGAGAGAUUACAGCAAACAUUGGCUCCACCAGGAAGCAGAACAAAGAAGACUAGAACAACAGGAUAGAAUUUCCCGUCAGAAACUUCCAGUUGCUCAACCACAGCCUAAGUCAUCACAGAAUGUGUCACCACAACAAACCUCACAUAAUUCAACUCUACCACAAAUAACAAGUUACCCUCCUACACAGAACACAUCUAAUUACACUCCUCAAAACUCAUCCUCCACAUACUCAAACUAUCCUCAGUCCCUGAGAAAUCCUUCACCAAGUCAGAGCUGCAAUAAUAAUACCACCACCAGUAGUUGGAGAAACCAGGCCACCACUUACCAACCUCACAUACCAUCACCUGCGCCAAAUGGUGACAAAGCUCUUCCAGAUUCAAUUAUUCAUAACCUAACCCAAAGAGUUAACAACAAAAACAGCAAGAAUACGUACACAAAUGCCAGUGGCAGAUUGGGAAAUAACUAUGGCAGCAACAGUUAUCGUGAUGAAAACUACCAUGACUACAUGAAUGCAGAUGCUUUGAGUGUUUCUCAUACACAUGCCCCACUUUAUCAAUCUGGGAUGGGGCCUGGCCAGCCAUCCCCUCCUACUUCUCAACAAGAAGCCAACUCUGCAAAAGAUCAAAGACUGCUUAGUGUCUCAGGAAAAAAGAAGUGCUCACAUUGCUCUGAGGAGUUAGGUCGGGGAGCUGCCAUGAUAAUUGAAAGUUUGCGACUGUUUUAUCAUAUCCCAUGCUUCAAAUGUUGUGUGUGUGGCAUACAAUUAGGCAAUGGGUCAGCUGGUGCUGAUGUGAGAGUACGCAAUCACAAGUUACACUGCCAUAAUUGCUACUCUAAUGAUGAAGGGAUGAAGUUCAGCAAAGUAUAGCAUCAACACGUUAAAAUGAUGAAAUUUUUAGUUGUCUCUGGUGCCAAAACCUUGAGGCAUGUCACGAGAGACAUGUCACAAUGAAUAAUGUGUAUUUUAUACAGUUUUGUUUUGAGUGUAUUUUAACUUAGAAUGAAUCAUAAUUAUAGCAAAAACAUACAAAUAUUUUUUUGUUUGCCGAUGUUGAAUGUACUUUUGUCGAGUCUGGCAGUAUUGUUUACUGACAAUAGACUAGUGUGGAAGUGUACAAGAAUGAAGAUUUCAUAGUUUAUAUGAAAACUUAGUAAGGUCUAGUAGGAAAUAGAUCUUGUGAAAGUUUAUAAAAACCUCUUUUGUUGUUGGUACAUAGCUAUAUGUAGGCAGCUAGGAAUUCUACUUAAUUUAUGUAUAAACAAUUUGCACAAUCAAAUAUAGUAAAGCUGUACAUUAUAUAUUGUAAAUAAUAGUUUAAUUAUAAAACUAAGUCAUUAUAAGUAAAUAAGUUGAGUUUUAUAAUGAUUUAAAAUAAAGGGUUCUUUAUAAAUGAAUCUUGUACUGUAUAUUGAUUUAUUAUAAUCUUGUAAUUAAAACAAGUACUUUACA